AAUAAACACCAAUAUACAGAUAUAUUAUUACAGAUUCAUUGAAAAUUUUAUAUUUACCAAUAAAGUUUCAACAAGAGCGUUGUGAUAUUGUUAUUGAAAAUGGCUGUAGUUCAGUCUGUAAACAGGGAGGAACAACCAGAGAAAAUAUAUAGGGGCAUGAUGAAGAACCGAGGGCGGAGUCCCUCUGCCACCGCUACGCAUGGCAGAUUGGAGGCGAAUAUAUCAUCUCGCGGCGGACACAGUCCUCAUUCAAGUGAAGCCGGAGACUUACCUCAUUCGCCGAGGGACGUACUUUCCGUUAGAGAUAGCCACACCCCAAGGGAAAGCCACACUUCACGGGAUAGCCAUACACCCCGUGAAAGCCACACCCCCCGUGAAAGCCACACCCACUCCCGCGAACCAUCUUCUGUUAAUUCCUCCCUAGCUGUUGAUGAAGGAGGAAUACAAUACUCACCUAGUCACUCGGGUACUUUGGGAGACACCAGUGGUCUGGGAUCAAACACUAUCUGGUAUGAUGAGCUAGAUGCUAGUGGGGUAGGGUUAGACCCAGAAAGAAAACAAAAAUCCUUAGGACAGAUUCAGGUAUUGAGGGAUACAGGGACAUACACUGAGAUACAGGAGGAUACAGGAGGAUACGGGGGAAACAGGGGGAUACACGGGGAUACAGGAGAUACAGGGGGAUACAGGAGGAUACACGGGGAUACAGGGGCAUACACUGAGAUACAGGAGGAUACACGGGGAUACAGGGGAUACAGGGAACACAGGGGGAUACACGGACUUUCCAGCAGUGCUGACAAGCAGCAGUUGGCGAGGAUCAAACAGGCUCGCGAUAUUGAGCAGUACGGAAGCGUGUCCGGGAAACAACCAAUUCUAAAGGUUGUCGGUCUCGGGAUAAAAACGGUUGGUGGCGGGGUGGUGGGAACUCUAUCUAAACCAAAGGAAUUUGCUCAUUUGAUCAGAAAUAAGUUUGGAAGUGUGGAUAACAUUCCCUCUCAUAUACCAAAGGAGAGGGAUGAUGAUGAGAGAAGAAGUCAUCAUGGUUCCGCCUCUCUACCAAGAGAAGGUUCUACCCGGGGAUCAGUUCUCAGUGAUAAAAUAAGACUGACCUCCCUAGAGGUUUGUUCUUUUUAA